AAAUGAGUUUGACAGCCCUGCUUUAAUACAUUAAUAUCAUUUGCAAAAGUUUUGUGUUAAUCAAACCUAAAAAAAGGAAACUCAAAAAAUAUUUUAAAAAAAUGGGAAGUGAACACAGUUCAGUCUUGAGUAUCUGUGGAACUUGUCCGUAACAGAGUGGAAGGGAAAUAACCGCACAGAUAUUAGUCAGCCGAUGAAUUAGGCUUAUUUAUAAAGUUGCUCUUUAUAAAGGGACCGUCUCUAGGGCACGCCACCUUUGUUAGGGACUAGUCUGAUGUCAUGGCAGAGCUCAGCUUUAACGUGGACCACGGUUACCUGGAGGGUCUGGUUCGAGGGAUGAAGGCUGGGAUUCUCACAGCGUCGGACUACCACAAUCUGGCCCAGUGUGAUACCCUGCAGGACAUGAAGCUACACCUUCAGAGCACAGACUACCGUGACCUGCUGUCCUCUGCUGAGGACCUGACUGUGUCUCUGGUGGACAACAUGCUGAGAACAAACCUGGUGACUGAGUUCAACUAUCUGCGCUCCAAUGCUCUGCCUCCACUCUCCACCUUUCUGGAUUAUAUCACGUAUGGAAAAAAAAACAACGUAGUAAAGUAACCAUGCAUGACGAACUCUUACUAUCCAGAGCA